UGACAGCAACAAAGGCAUAAAACGAAACGUAAAAGAAGUUGCAAUCCUCGUCAAAGAUGUUCCCCAAUGUAAAAUGGGGAAAAUGUGCUGAAUUUCUGAAAUUUUCUUAUUAUGCAUCGAGUUGGAGGCCAUUUGCAGUGAAAUUUUUUCGUUAAUUUGCAAGUGUAAUCGUCCUCAUUGUACAUGUGUAUGUGUGUGUGUGGUGUGUGCAUCGUGAAUGGGGCAGAGUAACAGUGAAAAGGUGGGGAGCCAAAGUAGUAGAAGAAAAAACCAAAAAUUCCUGAUUUGGGGUGCGUGACGUUUGUUAACAGCGGUGCGAGCGCGUGUGCGAUUUUGUGUAUGUGGUGGAGUACCAGUGGCAAUAUGUGUGUAUAUGCUGUAGUGAAACUCAUAGCGUCUCUGCUUUGCUCUGCUACGUCGGCAUUUUCUCAUUUUUUUUGUGUUCAUAUAUGUAUGUAUGUAAUGCGAUUUGUUUUUUAUCCGUGUAAAAACGUUAGCUGCACCGGAACUCGAUGCGUCGCUACCCGUUUGUCGUCUUUAUGCAUUUCCCCCCGAGUAAUUUGAAGCGGCAUAAUUUUUGACUAGUUAAAUUUUAACUUUGUUGUUGGCUUCGGUUAAUCUGUAUUUUAAAAACAGUUUCGCACAAGUUCGUAGUGAAAAUCAAUUAUGGUUCAAUAGUUUAUUUUGCCAUGGAAUGUUUAUGCGUGUAGUCUCACCGCGUACUAUAUUUGGAGACAACUGCUGGUCGUACCGUAUUAUGGAAGAAAAAUGUCCCAAAUCCAUUGAUUCGAAUAUAUUUGGCAUUGCUACAACCACCGUUGUUGCUGCCGAUAACAAUAAAAAGGAACAAUCAGAUUCAUUAUCGCUGAAUCAACAACCUUCAACUUCGUUCAAUUUGAAUACGGCCUCAAUGUCGCUGUUGCAAGGUGAAUUCGUUGACUCACGACAUGAUUUUGCAGAAGUUUUGGACGACGAAACUACUACAUCCGGUGUAUUGGAAACAUUUGAAAUAAGUUCGUCCAACUCUCUACCGCCAAGCAGUUCAGAUGGCCACAGAGAGGUUGUGGUGGACGACAGCUCUUCUACAGAUACAAUUAAAUUGGUGGGAGUGUCGGACGAUACAUCGUGCACCAACAAGAAAUUUUUCGAUGUCUCAGAAGUUUUUGUAAUAAAUGAUGAUGAUGAUGACGAUGAUGAAGGUGUUGUGCCGGAAAGCGAAGUAGCGGAAGUGGAAGAUGUGUCUUUAGCGCCUGCGAAUAAAAAUGAUAUUAAUCAACAUUGUUUGGAAGAUAAUUCCAAUCAGCAUGAUCACAAUCGUUUUUCGACUAACAGUACCAAUAGUCAAUUGAGCAAUGAUAUGGGCAGCGUUAUUGUGACGAAUGGGCACGGUGCGACAAUUUAUCUCGAAACACCAGUGGUGGAGGAACAAAAUCAACAUCAUGCUCAGCUGAAUAGUAUCAGUGGUGGUGAAAAAGGCGAGUUUGGUGAGAAAACAGGAAAACCCAAACGUCUGAGCGAUGAAUUUAUGCAAACAGAUGAGGCAAUGGCAAUGGCAUUUGGCAAAAUGGAUGAAAACAAUGCUCGAACUACAAACGGCGAAGCUAAGUCUAGCGUAAUAACAGCACUUUUAGGGCUUGAUGGCAAUGAAAUACUUCCUGAUCGCAUGUCAUUUCGACUGAAAAAAAUGAACAUAAGCAACACGUCUAGUGAAAAGCUACGCGAACGUCCUACCAGUUCAAAAAGCAACGAAAAUAAUAUUGUAGUAUUACCAAGACCACAAAUUGCCGAUAUCGAAACGAUUGAUGCGAUAGAACGCACCGAUUUCGAGGAAGAGCAAAGGCUGACUGGUGGUAUUAUUUUGAAAAAUAGCACAGUCGCGAAGAAAAAUAUGCUUAACUUAAGGCUGAUAAAAUCGUCGUGUAUGCAGAAUCAGCAAAAAGACUCAGGAAGCCAACAGGAACAGUUGGAGUUGGGAGAUGAUUGUCCCAGCAGCAGCAGCAAUAUAAAUAAUAGCAGUCACAACGGUGUUGGUCGUGCCGUUUCUUCCGACAGCAAGUGCGCUUACAAGGAUCCAACGUCAACGCCAACAAGUAGUCGCCCUCACACCAGUCGUUUAACCAAAUCUACUGCCAAACUUAAUUUGUGCUCUUCUCUAAGUCAUCCCUUACAUCGGCAAACACAAUCAUUUCAAGAUCGAACCAAAGGUGCCAACAAUUCCAAAACACAGCUAAAAUCCACACAAACUGGCAAUAAGAACAGUCUGACAUCGUUAACCUCAUCAUCCCAUACGUUUACGAAUUCCGUUUCAUCGGCAUCUACUUCUACAACUGCUUCUUCGUCCUCUUCAGCGACAUCAUCUUCUUCAUCUUCAUUAUCUUCGUCUACUUCAUCUUCAGUAAUUGUAGAGGCACCUACUGCCACAUCGGCUUCAUCCUCAUCAUUGCCAGGCGCCGCAGCUUGCACAGUUGGCGGCGGGGGAGCGGAAAUAUACUCAAACUCUAAUUCGAAUGACAGUCUUAUGAGUAGUACAUCAACAACCAUUAAUUGUGGACAGCGAGUGCAACAGCAGCAGCAGCCGCAACAGGCACAGCAGCAGCAGCAACAACAACAACAGCAGCUGAUACCCUAUAUAUUGGUUGAUAAGUCCGAUGUAGGAGGCUGUAGUCGCACAAGUUCUAUGCAUGCCGUUGUAGCAGUAGCUGCAGAUAAUGCAGCACUCGCUGCAGCUUCCACAGGCAGCGCCGAAGUCAUUCCUGUUUUCGAUGACGCUCAACCUUCAACUUCGUCUGCUCGCUGUCAUUAUGCUCCGUCCAUGAAGAAUUUACGUCAGGUACACGCUAGCGCUCAAACGAAUGAACGUUACCUCAGACGUUCUGUUGGCUCACUGGAUUCGGGAAAUGUCAAUGCCCUUCCAACUACUGCAAGAUUUCGUCGACGUGCCGAAUUUGCAGCUCAGCUGAGCAAUCCUCCUGACGAUAUGUCCCUUGAAGCUUUCAAGGCGUUGGCCCAGGCUGCAGCUCAAGCAGUUAUGUCUGAUUAUAAUGAGGAAGCUUCGUGGGCCGAUUGUGACGAGAACACUUCCGAUGAGGAAAUAUGUACUUGCAAUCAUAGUAGUAGUAGCAGCGCAAGCAAUAGCAGUCACGGCGGUAGCAAUACCAGCUUAAACGAGACGGACGUUGAUGGAGCUGACAUUUCUUCGACCGGCGCUGGUGCCGAUAUCAGCGCCAAUUGCACAGCCAAAGAUGGUGAUCUGUCAAAUUAUAUACAAAUGGUUUCGAUAUCAGAGGAGGUGGGUGGCAAUGGUGGCGCAAACAGCACUGCGGAAAAUGCAUCCACCUGUGCGCACAUUAACGCUCAACAGCGUAAACGCAAAUACGAUAGCCGUUUGCCGGAUGCCAACGCCAAUGCAGUAAUAUCUAGCAGCGGUAAUACUGCCAACAUUGACGACGUUAAUGGAAGAAAGCGUAUAGCUUAUGAUUUUGCGUUAACUCCACGCCACUGUAGUGCUUUAGUAGCUAAACCCUCCACAACUUCAACACAAUUGGUACCGCUGUCAGGCACCAAUAACUCACCUGUGGGUCGUCGAACUCCGCGUUCCAUAAUACCUACACGUGAGAAUCCACCUCCCGAAUUACAACAUUGGCUGACACAAUUUCAACGUUGGACACAUGUUGAGCGACUGAUGGCCAUCGAUCGUCUGAUUGAGUAUUGCGAGCCAACACAAGUUCGUCACAUGAUGAAAGUGAUUGAACCACAAUUCCAACGCGACUUUAUUUCACUGCUGCCGCGUGAGCUAGCACUGCAAGUGCUUACUUAUUUGGAUCCAAAAGAUUUGUUGCGUGCCGCGCAGACUUGUCGCAGUUGGCGCUUUUUAUGUGACGAUAAUUUGUUGUGGAAGGAGAAAUGUCGCAAGGCGCAAAUACUCACGGAGCCACGUACGGAUCGACCGAAGCGCGGACGCGCGGGCAAUAUGCCACCAAUUGCCUCACCGUGGAAAGCGGCAUAUAUGCGCCAGCAUAUAAUCGAAAUGAAUUGGCGUUCGCGACCAAUACGCGAACCGAAGGUACUGAAAGGGCAUGACGAUCAUGUUAUCACUUGCCUGCAAUUUUCCGGCAACCGCAUAGUGUCCGGCUCAGAUGACAAUACAUUGAAGGUUUGGUCGGCUGUGACUGGCAGGUGUUUACGCACGCUGGUCGGUCACACUGGUGGUGUCUGGUCCUCACAGAUGGCGGGUAAUAUAAUAAUCUCAGGUAGUACCGAUCGCACGCUGAAAGUCUGGGACAUGGAUUCCGGCCAAUGUUUACACACAUUGCAGGGGCAUACAUCCACCGUGCGAUGUAUGCAUUUACACGGCAAUAAAGUCGUCAGUGGUUCGCGCGAUGCGACUUUACGUGUUUGGGAUAUUGUGCAAGGUAUAUGUUUGCAUGUUUUGGUGGGCCAUUUGGCGGCGGUGCGUUGUGUGCAAUAUGAUGGCAAAUUGAUUGUGUCGGGAGCUUACGAUUACAUGGUUAAGAUUUGGCAUCCCGAACGGCAGGAAUGUCUGCACACCCUCUCUGGGCACUCAAAUCGUGUUUAUUCCUUGCAG